CAAUCGGUGCGUAAACAAAAAGAAGCCAGAGGUUUACUCUCCCCUUCCCUUCUCGUCUCUCGACUCUCCCCCAUUUCCUUCUCUCUCUCUCUCUCUCUCUCUCUCUCUCUCUCUCAGGUUUUUACUUUCUCUCUCUAGCCUUCGGUUUCGUUCGGUCGGCCCUCUGCUCCCCCUGCCUGCGCCUCUCUUCUCCCCCUUCGCGCCCGCCAUAGCUUUGACGGCUUUCUCUGAAAUGGAGAUGGAUGAGGUUCAAAUGGAUCACAAUGGAGAUAUCAAUGCCAUUGAAUCUGCAGAUCAGCAGCCUCUGCAGGCACUAGAAUCUUCUGGCAUAAGCGAAAACGAUGAACCCUCGAGAGAAACGGAGUUGCUGCCUCGAAUUGGAGAACAGUUCCAGGUCCCGAUCCCACCUCUCAUUACCAGAUCGGUCUACCUCCAAACUGAUCACACAUUACCCUCAGAAGGCAAUACUCUCAAGUUUUCACUCGGGUUGCCUCUAUCACUAACAUGGAUUAAGGAAGAAGGCGAGACGAUCAAGAAAGAACUAGACGAGUACCUUCAUGCUUUGUCCACAGGUUCCACCAGGAAUGAUUCAGUGAAGGCUGAGAAUAAUGAAGUGGUUCGAUGUGGAAGUAAAAGCUACCGUUUGGUACCUGGUUCGUCUUGUUAUGAUGAAUGGGAUGAUCUAGAAGUGGGGAGCUUUCUGCUUGGUCUGUAUGUCUUUGGGAAGAACCUUGUUCAAGUACAGAAGUUUGUUGAGAGUAAGACAAUGGGCCAGAUACUAUCCUUUUACUACGGGAAGUUCUAUAGGUCGAGUAGGUAUCGUAGAUGGUCCGAAUGUGGCAAGCAGAAAGGAAGGAAGAGAAUGUUUGGACAGAGGAUCUUCACUGGGUCAAGGCAGCAGGAGCUCUUGUCUCGCUUGGUCAAUCGUUCAUCUGAGGAGUGCCAGCACACUUUGCAGAAGGUUACCAAGUCAUUUGGAGAGGGACAAAUGAUGCUGGAGGAAUAUGUAUUUGCUUUAAAAGCAGCAGUCGGUUUAAAGGUCUUAGUCGAAGCAGUGGGAAUUGGCAAAGGGAAGCAAGACCUAACAAGCACUGCAAUGGACUCCCUGAGGUCAACCAAUCAUGCUGGGUCGGCUCGACCAGAGAUACCUGUUGGCAAAGAAUGCUCAAAGCUAACACCUUUGGAGAUAGUCAACUUUCUAACAGGAGGAUACCGGCUGAGCAAAGCUAGGUCGAACGAUAUCUUCUGGGAAGCUGUUUGGCCAAGGUUGCUUGCUAGAGGGUGGCGCUCGGAGCAACCUAAAGAUGGUUCUAGAAACUCCCUGGUAUUUAUAGUCUCUGGAGUUAAGAAGUUCUCUCGCAGGAAGCUUGUGAAAGGAGAGCACUACUUCGAUUCGGUUACUGAUGUUCUGAACAAAAUUGGUUCUCAGCCUGCACUUCUUGAGCUUGAUGCUGGGAAGGAAGAGAAUGGUUGGAGUAAAGGUGGAAACUUAGAGGGAGACAGUUUAGGUGGCAAGGAGCAACAUUCUUAUCUUAAGCCGAGGAAAUCAGAACUUGCUAGUACGAAUGGUUUGAGCUUCACAAUUGUUGAUACUAGCCUGGCUAAUGGGCAAAGCAAGAAGAUAACUCAACUGAGAAGGUUGCCAACUCAGGCUAUGAACAUUUGCCUCCCAAUUAGUGAUUCUGAAGAUAGUAGUAGUAGUAGUAGUAGUAGUAGUGAUGAUGACGAUAAUGAUGAUUCUUCGAAUGGACCCACAGAUGAAUCGUAUUCUGCAGGAGACUCGAGUGUUGAUUUGGAUUUUCAUGGAAAUGGCACUGUGAGACAUAGUCUCCUUGUGAAUGGCUUGAACAAUAAGGCUGCUGCUGAUGAUGAUGGAAGAACUAUGCAGGCCAGAAAGGUUUUUGUGAAUAAACCUCAAGCCACAAGGAAAAGAAAGCUACCCAGCAAUGUGAAUACUGUAGUGGAGCCACCAGCUGCAAAACGGCAACAGGUGAAAGCAGCAGCAGGAGGACCAGUGCCUUGUGAUGCAAGGAAUACCAAAUGCAGAACCUUUGAUGACGUGGUUGGUCAAGGAGUGGGGAAGCAACAACAGAAAGCAGCAGUGCCUUGUGACACAAGAAAGACUUAUUUUGGAACAUUCGAUGACGAGUUAGUCAGUGGUCCAAGGAUGAUUCAGGAUUACCCUGUGAGCUAUCGUGGACAUGGAUUUCCUUCUCAUUUGCUGAGUCAGCAGCAAGAGAAACUACCUUUCACCAGUUCUUCAUCCAGCCAUGUGAGCAGUACUUCUUCUUCUGCAGCUGAAAAUUCCAACGACAAUCCUCAAUCUCGGACAUUGAUUGACCUUAAUGUUGCACCUAUCCCUCAAGAACCCGAAGACUCAAUGGUGUCUGAGAGGAAGAUCACUGAUGUGCAGCCAGAGGACCCUGGAGUCCCAAAGCCCUCAACUUCGACAUCUGACUCGCGUAGACACAGUACUAGAAACCGGCCACUGACUACUAAGGCACUGGAAGCUCUUGCCUGUGGGUUCUUAAGUUUGACGCCAAAGAGAGACAGCCAUGCGUCGAGACAAGCAUCUAAACGAGCUAAGAAGGCGAGGAUUGACAGCAGUUGUACUAACUUUGGACCCGAAAUUGUGGAUUUGAAAGGUGGAGAUGAACCAGGAAGCUGUGUGACCAAGAGUAGUAGCAACGACGUUGAUAACGAGGUUCAGGUUCGAAGCCAGUUGAACAAUGUGCUGGUUGGACAGGCAACUUGGGAUGCCGUUUUUGCGAACUCCUCCAAAAGUACAAAGCAACGUGUGUUCUCCACAGAACCACAGGCAUUUUGUUCGUUACUACGACUCACUUGCCGCUUUCCUUCUUCUUCCUUCGUUUCCAAGGACCUCUCCCUCUCUUCUUCCCACUUCCCAGCGGAACUAUUAGGCCUUUGUUCUCUUUCAUACUCCUUCUGGAACGCUAAAACAACCGCCAAGCGGCGGCGUUAUUGCCCUUCUAAAAGGCCGAGAAAGGAGAAGGCGGCAAGUGCAAAGCAAAUGGGUCAGGCAUUUCGUCGAGCAUCUGGCAGAAUCCGAGUUCCUGAUCCGCCUCCCAAGGUGGUUGUCGAUCGCAGGCCACCGGAAAGUGCCGCCGAGAAAGUGGUGGAGGUAUCAAGGACAACUACCCAAAAACUCGACAAUCAAGAUACACUUGGCGCUGCUGAUAAUCCAAGUUUUGAUGCUGAAAAUCCCUUUGAAGAACGGGAUCCACAAUUCGAUGCAAUGCUCAAUCAAAUGGUGGGAAGAAUCCAAACGAAGCCAGGAGGGAAACCUGAGAUGGGUGAGGCAUCUAUAGUAGAAAGGCCUAACAAGCCCCUACCAAAACUACGGAACACACCUCCCGAUGCUGCCAGUAAGUAUGAGGAAAGAGCUGUUCCCCCGGGAACCCUGAACUUGGCACAACUCCGACACAUUCUCAAACUACAUGCAGGCAAGGGGGAAGAAGGAGACAACCUCAAGUCGCCCGUGGACGCCCACCAAAUCGCUCAACAGUUCCGCCUUGAAGUCGAACAAGUUAAGAAGUUCUUGCAGUUUGUAUCACUUCCAUCGGAGGACAGCAUGAAGAAGGACAAGGAGGUUGAAUGACACUCCGAUCAGUAAGUUCACUGGAACUGGUGGGAUAUGGCGUUGAAUAAAGAACUACUAGGCGAUGAACUGACGAUUCGCUUUUGAAUAGUCAAGUUUUCUAACCUCUCUGUCGUGGGAAAAUGUUGUACAUCAUAGAGAAUGUAGUCAUUGGAAAAGUUGGGGCAAGAAAAUGUUGGUAUUUUUUAGCAGAAGUUUUGUGUUCCUUUGCUUUGGUCUUGAGGAAAGCAAAUGGUGAGAUGAUUUUUUCCAAGCGUUUGGACUGUGGAUUACUGGAUUAUGGUCUAGAAGACUAGAAUAAAGAUUUGGAUCCAACAUCACCUAUUGAAAGA